AUGAAAAAGCGAAGUGGAGGAGCAACUCAAUCAUCAUCAUCAUCAUCACCAUCCUCAUUUACUGGUCGAGGUUUUUCAAAAGAUCCAAUGCCACCAAAUAUGAAUCGCCGCUUUGAAUCAAGAAUGUUCUCAAAUGAAAGACUUCAAACAAUAAUAUUAACAUCAUUAAUAUGGAUAAUUAUUGUUUUUAUAGCUGUUUUAGUUACGUUUCAAUAUAGUUCAUCAAAUAAUUGUUCACAAAACAGUCUUCUUACAAGUGCUUUUUGUAAUGUUGGUCAAGUAUUAACUCGUUUUUGCUCAGAUUCAUAUCAACCUGAACAAAGUUUUACUUCGUUUUCAAAAAGUCACCCAACGAAUUUUGUUCAAAAACCAUCAAAAGAAAAUAUUGUAAAGAUAAAAUUUCAUGAUGCAUAUGAAGAAGAAACAUGCCAAAAAAAUGGGCAAUGUUCCAAUGGCGAAGAAACUUUUCUAGUUCCUGAUCAACUUUCACAAAAAUAUCAUAAUCCAUCAAAUUGGCCGGGAGAAAUGGGUGAAGCUUAUCUUCCACCUGAGCAUCUCCUAGACGAGUCUAAACGUCGUUUUGCAGAAAAUAUGUUUGAUAUUGUUGUUAGUGAUCAGAUAGCAUUAAAUCGAGUGAUGCCUGACAUAAGAAAUGAACAUUGUAAAGCUCAUUCAAGAUUUGGUGGUCCGUUACCAAAUACAUCGAUUAUUAUUGUUUUUCAUAAUGAAGGAAACUCAACUUUAUUAAGAACACUUGUUAGCAUUAUUAAUAGAACACCUUGGAAAUUAAUUCACGAAAUUAUCUUACUUGACGAUGCAAGUGUUGAUCGAGAAUAUCUUCAUGAACCAUUAGAAACAUUUAUCAAAACACUUCCAGUUCGAACAUUACUAUUAAGAAAUGAAAAACGUUUAGGUUUAAUUAGUUCAAGAGUAAAAGCUGCUAAGAUUGCAACUGGAGAAACACUGAUGUUUCUUGAUUCUCAUGUUGAAGUACUAAAUGGAUGGCUUUUAUAUUUACUCGAAGAAAUAAAAAAAGAUAGAAAAACAAUCGUUUGUCCAAUAAUUGAUGUUUUAACAUGGGAUGCAUUUCAACUAUUACAAGGAGCAACUGAUAUAUUUGGCACAUUCAGUUGGAAAAUGAUAUUUCGUUGGUCAAAAGUUCAAGGUUUCACUAUGACAAGUCAAGCACUACCAAUUAAGACACCAACAAUGGCUGGUGGACUAUAUGCAAUUGAUCGACUUUAUUUCGAAGAAUUAGGAAUGUAUGAUGAGGGAAUUAAAAUUUGGGGAGGAGAAAACCUUGAAAUGUCAUUUAAAUGUUGGAUGUGUGGUGGAAGGAUUUUAAUCCAUCCAUGUUCACAUGUUGCACAUGUUUUUCGAAAAGAAACUCCAUAUAAAUUUCUUGAAUCUGAAUCCGUAUUUGUAACUAUAUUUAAAAAUUACAAACGUGUUGCAUUAGUUUGGUUAGAUGAAUAUAAACAAUUAAUUUAUGCUGUUAAUCCUGAUAUAAAACGUCUUAAUGGUGGUGAUGUUUCUGAUAGAUUACAACUUAGACAAAAAUUAAAUUGUUCGUCAUUUAAAGAUUAUUUAAAAAUGUUUCAAUUAAGAAAUUUUCCAUUUGAUCAUCGAUUUAUUGGAACAAUUUCCACAUCAAAUCAUCGUUGUUUAGAUUCGAUGAUGGGCCCAGAUAUAUCGAAAGGACUUAAUACACAAGUGUCAGCUCAAGCCUGCCAUAAAGAUGGUGGAAAUCAAAUAUUUUUAUAUACAACGACGAAUAAAAUUCAUUUUGAUGAAUUAUGUUUGGAACCAGGUGAUGGAAAGCCAACAGUCAAUCGAAACAUUAUUUUUGCAAUGUGUACUGAUGAUCGUAUUCAACAACAUUGGGAAUAUGAUCAACAGACUCUUCAAUUAAAAAAUGAAUAUUACAAAGAAAAAUGUUUAAGUGUUGCAGGCGAUUCAAAUGUCAUUCUUACUCAAUGUGAUAUAAACGAGUCAAGUCAAAAAUGGACAUUUAAUGGGGAAGUUGAAUUAUACGAUUAA